AAAAGUUCAAUAUAACUUGUUGAACUGCGUGUAAUGCUAAAAGAUUGCAUUGUCAUUAUUAAUAAAAUGAUAAAUACAAUUAACAGUCAUGUUUAAGUCAGGUGUGUUGUUCGGGGAAGAAUUCAGCCAAUCAGAGAGCGCGAUGUGUUGAACCGGGGCGACAGAGUUUAUUUAAACAGGAAGUUAUUUACAUACAGGGCGCGAAAUUGUGAGCGUGCUGAUGCGUGAGGCGACUUGUCAGCCCCAAGCAUGGCGAUGUUUGAUGAGAUCAGCCAGCACCUGGACUUCUCUAGCUAUGGAGAGGAGGGAAGCAGCAGCAGCAGCAGUGAGGCCAGCUCUGAUGACUGCACCUCCAGAGUACAAAGUCCCAGGAUCUUAAGUCCACGGAUCCUAAGUCCCAGAUCUGCGUGCAGGACCCCGAGGGUGCAGCGCCACCGUAGCAAAAGCAUCACCAUGUCCUCCCCUUCACAAUGCACCAGUCCCAUACCUAAUGCGUUCUGGAAUAAACUGAGACUGUGUGACUCUCCCAGUACACCCAAGAGUCUGCUCUCAAAGUCGUCCCACCCUUGUUCCACCUCUAAGAUGAGUUGCAAGCGGAGAAGUCUGCACCGUGCUUCAACUGUGGCAAACCGAUUCCAAGCACCUUCUGUCAACGUGAAUCCUUUCACCCCUGACACAGUGCGCAGGAAUAGUGAGCAGCAGUGGAGGAACAGCGGCGGGAGUGAUGACGAUGAAGAAUAUGGACGCAGGAUGAAACACAGUCUGACAUCAUCUGAGGAGGAUGAUGAGGCCUUUCUCCCACGUAAGAAGCGAGCUGUCCAAGCCUUCAUGCUGACACGCUAUGAGAGUGAGUUUCUGGAGCUGGAGUGCAUUGGCGUAGGCGAGUUUGGGGCAGUUUAUAAGUGUGUGAAGAGGCUGGAUGGCUGCUUGUAUGCCAUAAAACGCUCUCGCCGUCCCCUGGCAGGCUCUGCCAACGAGCAGCUGGCGCUAAAGGAAGUGUAUGCACAUGCUGUUCUUGGGCACCACCCACAUGUUGUUCGCUAUUACUCAGCAUGGGCAGAGGACGAUCACAUGAUUAUUCAGAAUGAAUAUUGUGAUGGUGGAAGUCUCAGUGAUGCCAUUGUGAAGAAGCAGCAGGGGCAGUGUGAGUUGUUUUCAGUGGCAGAGCUGAAGGAUCUGCUCUUACAAGUGUCCAUGGGUCUAAAAUACAUCCACAGCUCAGGCCUGGUACACUUGGACAUCAAACCAAGUAAUAUUUUCAUUUGCCAGCGUCCCUGCACGACUGUGGCAGGUGAGGGGGAGAGCGAAGAUGAAGACGACGGCAGCACCUCUGUUGGAGUCGUUUACAAAAUUGGGGACCUGGGUCAUGUGACCUCAAGCAGCAAUCUUCAAGUUGAGGAAGGGGAUAGUCGAUUUCUGGCCAGUGAGGUCCUACAUGAGGAUUACAGUCACCUUCCCAAGGCAGAUAUCUUUGCUCUUGGCCUUACGAUGCUGCUGGCAGCUGGAGCUCCUCCUCUUCCACAAAAUGGAGAUGAGUGGCACAGCCUUAGAGAGGGGAAACUUCCCCAGCUGCCACAGGAGCUCCCAGCCUCCUUUAGAGGACUACUUCAGCUGUUGUUGGAUACAGACCCGAGAAAGCGACCAUCUGCCAGAGAGCUUUGCAAGCACGCAGUCUUACGGAAGGAGAGGACUGGGAGGUUGGCUUCUCAGCUGCGCAGAGAGCUCAAUGUAGAGAAGUUUAGGACAGCCAUGCUUGAAAAAGAGCUCCAGGAGGCUCGUCAAGCAGCGUUGUCACCCAAACAGGGCCUCCCUCUCGGGCUGAAACCUGCUAAGAUGGGGCCUCUGGCCAAAUCAGGAAGGAGACUUGUUGGCAGGAACACAGCACGAUCAAUCACCUAUGAUUUCCAUGGAUAAUUGUGACUGAUGGUACAACGUGGGACCGAUUUGUGUAUGCCAGACUACUUCUGAAAAUUACAACAUGGUUUGUGGGGCUUCAUAGGACUGAUGUAACUGAAAGACUGGGGCAGCACUUGGUCUGAGGGAUCAUUUCAACAUCUCGUCACUGCUGCAGAGCAUUUCCUCUGACCACUCAAAGUUUUGUUUUCUUUUCUUUUUAAUUGUAAAUAAACAUUUUAAGCAUUUUAUCAGGUGGGUUUAUUUUCUAAUUUGAAUCUCUGCAUGUCUUUUAACGUGUGUUGCUGUGUAAUGGAAAAACCAAAGUACUUAUAUUAAAAAAAAUAAAUGCUGUUUGCCAAAGCA